GCCUACAUGGUGCUAUCGUUAGUGUUGCUGCACUUGCGAUUUCCCCUCCGACCGGUUCGUGUUCCGCGGGCCAAUGUGGCCAGGACAACGCCAGUCCGAGGCAGGGAGAAGACCAGCUACAUAUCUCGCACACGCGCCAAGGAAUUGGCUCACGAAACGGCUGAAGGCGCCAGCCAGCCCUAGACGACACUGCCGAGCCGUUGGCUCAUCAAGCAACAAAGGGCUGGGCGCCACUCGCAAGGGAGCCGUAAGGUACAAGCUCUUGCUUGCAUCAACCCCUCCAUCCUUUAUCAACACCAGCGCCGCCGCCGCCACCACCAUCCUUCUCCUCACAUCAGCUCCCGUCGGUCCGCAAAACGCGCGCUGCCACCCUCCUCCCAUCGCUGGACGCAUUCGUCAACGUGCCACUGCAUCCCGAGGUGCCAACCGCCGCUGGAGAACUGUGCAACCAUGAGCGCCGCGACGGCGACGAGUGUCGAGGCCUCGAACGGCACUACGGCCUCGCGACGUCACACCUCCAAGGCUGCCUCCAACAAGAACCUCACCGAGGUGGAACCGUCUAAUGGCACAACCGCCGACAAGAUCAAGGCUUCGCCGCAGCAAAAGUAUCGCCACGUCGCCGCCGUGCACUCGCAGACGCGGCCUUCGUGCCUCAGCCACGACUCGGAUGCUGCCCCCAGCUUUAUCGGUUUCAGGAACCUCAUGGUGAUUGUCUUGGUGGUGGGAAAUCUGAGACUCAUGAUUGAAAACAUGCAAAAGUAUGGCGUCUUGAUAUGUAUCAGGUGCCACGCCUACAGCAGACGGGACGUCGUCCUCGGCGGCCUCCUCUAUUUCCUAAUCCCGUGCCAUCUCCUCGCCGCCUACCUCAUAGAGCUCGCCGCCGCACGGCAAGCCCUCGGGUCGCGCAAGCGCAUCAAGGACGGCGCCACGGGCCCGUCUGCUGAGGAUCGCAAAAAGUUCCACACCACCUGGGUUCUCAUCGCCUGGGUUCACACCUUCAACAUCACCCUCGCCCUCGUCGCCACCACCUUUGUCGUCUAUAACUACAUCCACCAUCCGCUCAUAGGCACACUAACCGAAAUGCAUGCCAUCAUUGUGUGGCUCAAGACGGCCUCGUAUGCCUUUACCAACCGCGACCUCCGCCACGCCUACCUCCAUCCCGUCAAGGGCGAACUCGUACCCGAGCUUUACGCCAAAUGCCCCUAUCCGCAGAACAUUACCUUUAGCAACUUGAUUUACUUUUGGUGGGCCCCGACACUCGUCUAUCAGCCGGUGUAUCCACGCACCGACAAGAUCAGAUGGGUCUUUGUCGCCAAGCGCCUCGGAGAGGUCUUUUGCCUAAGCGCCUUCAUAUGGUUCGCGAGCUUCCAGUACGCGGCGCCCGUCCUGCGCAACUCGCUCGACAAGAUUGCGUCGUUGGAUUUUCCGUCCAUCCUGGAGCGGCUUCUGAAGCUGUCGACAAUUUCGCUCGUCAUCUGGCUUGCCGGCUUCUUCGCCCUCUUUCAGUCGUUCCUCAACGCCCUCGCCGAGGUGCUGCGCUUUGGUGACCGCGCCUUCUACGACGACUGGUGGAACAGCGAGAGCCUGGGCGCGUACUGGCGGACGUGGAACAAGCCGGUAUACACCUAUUUUAAGCGCCAUGUAUAUAUGCCAAUGAUUGGACGAGGUUGGAGUGCUUCGACGGCGAGCUUUGUCGUCUUUUUCGUCUCGGCUGUGCUUCACGAGAUUUUGGUCGGAGUCCCUACGCAUAACAUCAUUGGCGUUGCUUUCCUGGGCAUGUUCUUGCAGCUCCCCCUCAUCGCGCUCACUGCGCCACUUGAGAAGAUGAAACUCGGCAAGGGCGGCAAGCUCAUCGGCAACGUCAUAUUCUGGGUUUCCUUUACCAUCUUUGGACAGCCAUUUGCCGCGCUCAUGUAUUUUUAUGCGUGGCAGGCCAAGUAUGGGAGUGUGAGCCGACAAAUGCCACAAAUGGUGGGCAAGUAGCAAUCUUGACCAUGACGGCCUCUCAAUCUUUUGGACAAUGGAAAAGCUUUGGUGGUAUAAUUGAUGAGGAAGGGCAUGGUUGGCCUCACUUCCAAAGAACUCUCCCCGUGACGAAAUCAGGUACAAUGCUCUCCUCAUCCCCUCGCCAAUACUGUGUCUCCCGUGGCCGUAAGAGUCUUCGGGGCAUCGAAGUUCAGGGGAUGAAGGGGAUCUUUGUCCCUACCCUCUGCCG